CCGACGUACUCCACUGUGCACAUCUGUUUAUCCCGUCCCCCAAUUUUCUUUAAAAAGCUCGUACAACAUGAUUAUACAUUUGUAUUUUGGUAUACCCUUAUCUGUGAAAUUCUUGAGCCGAACUCAUAAUUAAAAUUUGGUAUACAUACCCUUAUAUGAGAAAUGCUUGAACCGAACUCAUAAUUAAAAUGUUUCAGUUUUCAUAAAAAAGCAUAGCAGUAAAGUCAAAGAAAUUAUUUGCUCUAAAUUUACUCAUUUAGGUGAAAAUAACCUUCUACUUACCUUAAAAAGCUCAUCUGAGUCCUUGGUGAUUAACCAAUCAACCUAAGAAAUGGACGAAAGUGGCGAAUUUAAUUUAGUUUUGAACCGCGACUGCCUCUUGCAGAUAAUGAAAUACGUAAUUACUGGUUGCGAAUUAAAAGAACAUUGGAACAAAAUGUUGAAAUAUGAUGAUUUAAUAAACUUUGUGUUGGCCCAUGAAAUGUUCCUGGAUUUACUUGAGACUUAUCACAAACGUCUGUACGAGGUUCUUGAUUUGUUUCUUACGUGUAGGAUAACAAAGCUACUAAUAGAUCUACGAGUUAAUAAGUCGUCUAAAAGAAAUGAAUUUUUUUGGAUAUCCUACCUACAAUCUAUCAGAGAAAAAGAUCCUUUCUAUGUUGAACUACAUUUUAAAAAUAAUGUGAACGAUAAAAGCAUGGUUUACGUCAGUAUUAAUAAAAAAACGGCAAGAGAGCAGGAUUUUAUCAUGGAGUGCGUCAAGUUUGAUGUUGAUGUUGCUGCAAAAGAUUUAUAUGACAUCUGCACCAGGAUCCCAAACUUGAGUAAUUUAGAAGUUGAAGGCACUAAAAUCCAUGGAAUACUUGCUGAUAUCGGACGCCAUUGCAAAGAUCUUCAGGUGCUGGCAGUUCAUCUAAGCCCGGAAGGCGGGGCCGCCCAAUAUUCAUCACUGGUAUUGUUGCCCAAUUUAAAAUUUUUUACUAUAUCUGGAGUCCAAGAAAGCGGAGCGCAAUUGCUAUUUUUUGAUGAUUUAAGAAAAUUGCAUAGACCUAAAAGUUUACCACCUUUGACCCUGUUUAUCACAGAUCACUUAAGCAAUAAAGGUCGGUAUAUUACGUUACCGACUUUUGACUCUUUGCAUUCUUUCAACAUAAGGGAAGAUGAUCGAUCAAAUGAUAUAUGUGUUACAGCACAGUUCGAUUUCUGUGAAACAACGGAAGAAAGUAAUUUAAUUGAGGAAUCCCUAGCAACCAUACCUUUAAGUAAACAAACCUUAAUUGAGUUUAACAGAAAUAAAGCGAAACUUAAGUUAAAUAUACAUAAUGAUUCGGACAUUGGCGAAAUGGGUUCCUUAUCAAAGCUGCCCAACCUAAGCCGAUUGACUAUAUAUAACAAACGUAAUAAUUUUAAAGAUCCCAAGCCACUGGCAAAAUUCCUCCAAUCAAUGAUCCCAAAAAAGUCAUUCGCUUUGAAAUAUAUUUUAAUAAAUUAUAUAUCAAUAGAUCAAUUAGAGGCCGUAGAACUUGCGAAAAUAGAAUCUAUUCGAUUUCUGGCUUGCCAUUUGUCCGAAUGGUAUUCCAUGAAGUUUUUAAGUCAGCUAAGAAACCUGCAACACCUUGUUAUUAAUGUCCGCGAGUCCAUUAAUUCCCAUACAUCAGAGCAACUUUUUGACUUGCUAAUUGCAGGCCAGGGGCAAGCUACCAUAGCUUGCAAAGAUUUCACCCUUAGAAAGAAUGAAAAAAAGAUGCAAAUUUAUAAGCGGCCAUCGUAUGCAGAAAUUAACGACGUCAAUACCGUCGAGACACGAGACCUUCCAAUUAAUGAAACACUAAAUCCACUCUUCCAAGCUUUCGCCACCAGCAAUUUGAGUACGAUCGAAGAAUUUCAUAUAAGUGGACUGAUAAAUAUAUGUUUUAAGGAUAUCUCAAAAGUGGCAGAGAUUCAAACCAUUAAGAAACUGUCGUGCUCCCUCUCAGAGCUAUCUGGAAUUGAGAAAUUGGCUGGGCUCAAUAAUCUCCAGGAUUUGGAUAUAUCCGGAAAAGGAAACCUUACCGCACUUUUCACAAAGCUGGCUGAGAAGAAUAUACUUCAACGAUUUCGAUAUUCCGAAGAACUCGUUCCUGAAGAGGUUAUAAGGGUUUCCCAAAUAAAGUCGCUAAAAAAACUGGAGUGCAGUUUUUCGGACUGGGAGGACUACCAAUCCUUGUCAGAGCUAGCUAACUCGAAUGUUGAAGAAUUAAUUGUACUGAUACUAAGUCCAAGCUAUUCCCUAAAAAAAUUUUUUGGAGCGUUUUCUUCAAAUAGUUUAACUAGAUUGCAGCACCUGGAAGUUGAACACAACCCAAGUAAUUUUAAAUUACCACGUAGAGCUCUAAACAUUGCAGAAAUGUCUGAAAUUAUUGGAAUAAAAGGUUUGAAAGUGUUACGUGCAGGAUACUUAAAUUCAGAAUGUUCGCAAAUGUUAGAUCGAUUACCCAAUCUACAGCACUUGAUACUUGAACAUUCUACUGUUAUUGAUAUGAACCCUUUGGAAAAUAUAUUAAGGGUUUUAGUACACAAAUCGCCGGCAACACUUCAAAAAUUGGACUUGAAUAAUAUCUUAAUUGGAUUCAAUGAAUGUAAUUAUUUGACCCAACUUGAAACAUUGGAGUCUUUAAAAUGCAAUUUACGCAAAGAACCUGGUUUAGAAGUUUUGGCAAACAUUAAAAAUCUUAAAGGACUAAUAAUCUGUGAGGCACAAGACUCGCUCACUGAACUUUACCGGGCUUUUGCUCUUAGAAGUGACUCAAUUCUACAAGAACUUCAUACACCAAUUACAUGUAAUGAAGAAAUCUACGAAAUAUCGCAAAUAAAGUCACUGCAAAAAGUUGAUAUUAGCUACAAACGCUUAUGUAGCAACUUAUCAGAGCUGGGAAAACUAAUUAAACUUAAAUCAUUGUGUAUAUAUAAAUUGUUUUUUUCCCAUUUAUAUAUAAAUAGUCUGUUGCCGAUGUUUGAAUCUUGUCAAAAGCUCGAUUACGUCACAUUGAAAUUUCGUCGAGAGGAGGUAGAUACAAGCACGGUCAUUAAAAUUUACACCAUUUUAAAAUCUGUAAGGAAUCCUGCACUUCAGAGACCGUUAAAACUUACUCUUAUUGAAGAAAACUUUAUCCCAAACAUCAACGUAGAAGACAUUGACAAAGCAUAUUUAAACGUCUCCUAUAAGUAUGAAAUGUUCAGCCAUAAAUUUAAUAAUAGUGGAUUUGUGUUGAAAAAUAAUUUGGAUAGGUUUACAAACGCAGUUGAUUGGAGAAAUUAAAUAAUGGAAAAUACAAGUUAAACAUGAAUUCGAUAUACCAUUAUUUGAGAUCACUUAUCAUUUUAACAAUAAAACCAACAAGAGUUACAUAAAGCAAAUCAAAUUUCAACUUUUUUUCUGCAAACUUAAUCGCAGUUGAUCAUGUUAAAUUAGGAUUCCGUAAUCAUAAGCCACUUACUUAUGAUGGAUAAACUAUAGAAUUUGCACUAUUUAAUACUCUAGAAAAUUACUUUUGUAGUCUCUUUUAUUUCAAUAUUUUGUUUUAAAAGCUGUCCCUUAAAAUUAGAAAGCCCUUUGAGGCGCUUGGAAGCGGAUGUUUGGAAACGACGCACCACGGUUUCUUUUGACCCUCCAAAAAUUUUGCUGGAUUAUGCCUUUUCUGCAAAAUGUGUUCGUCUAUAUAAAGAAAUUACCGGGUAAUGGCAAUUUUUAAGGAAAAUUGUUUGCAAAGUGCACAAAAAAAAAUAAACAACCGCAAAAUUCAAUUAGAGUAACCGUUCUUGGAAAGCAAAAUGAUGUUACCACGUCAACAGUGCUGCCAAAUCUAGCUACUAAAUGAAGAUUCAUUACAAAAGCUAAAAAUUCGAUAAAGUAGCAAAUCUUUGAGCAUGUUUUGCAAACUGUACUUACACUUACAUAUAUUUUUUGAACCUACAUUAUUCACAAAAAGCUUUAUAUAUUAUAACUUUAAGUUGUUUGACACGCGAGUAAUACUAUUCUGAAUAGCUAUUAAUAUUUCUAUGAACUGUAGAUUCCGAAAUAGCUGCUCAGCUUUAAAAUCUUUUUUUGAUGGGAAGGUAACCUCUUUAAUUUAAAGAAUCAAAAAACUGAAAAAAAUUGUCAAUAAAUCAGUGUCAAAGUUGAUUUAAAAUUUUUUUUUAAUUUUUUGAACAUGGACUACAAUAGUUUGUUUACUUAACAUUAAAAAUGUUAAUUUAUUACACUUUAUUAAAAUCAUUUAGAUUAUUUUUGAUGCACUUGCUAACAAUCAAUAUUAAUGAUAAGCGGUCAUUAAAAACAGUCCGUAUAAACAUAAAGAACACCCCUAAUGUUUUUGUUUUG